AUGGCUGGGGCCAGACCGACCGACUGGGACUGGGGCUGGGACUGGGACUGGGACUGGGACUGGGACUGGGCUAACGGCAAUGCUCCUGUGCUGGUGGUCUCGUACGCAUCGACGGAGACGGCCAUGGCCACGUCGUCCACUAUGUCGCUCCAGCUCAUCAACGGGACCUUUGUGGUUGGUACCACCUUUGACGCUGUCAAGGAGGCCAUUCUGGCAGGCAUCACGGUCUCACAAUCAAUUGGUCCGCAUGGCUGGGCCGAGCUCAUCACUCCGCGGCUGCUGUCGGAGAACGCUACUCGAGUCGUGGCCGUCUCGCCAACGAUCACCCAGAUCCUUGUCCCAGCUGCACCUGGCUACGACAUUGACGGCGACGAGGUGUUGUCUAUCCGGCUGCCAGCCGCGGCGCUACACGGUAAUGAGACGGCGGAUGUGGUGGCGGUGGACGCCGCGAGGAUCCAGGCCGUCGGGACGUGCGCCAUUCUGGAGGGCACGCCGUGGACUGAGUCGGACGUCCGCGACGGCACCAUGUCAUUUUCCGUCCGACUCACCGGCAUCCAGCUGGUGACCGAGCCGCAUUUUACGCCGUCGACGCUCGCGACGGCGGCGCUUGUUCGGUCAACCCUCGACGCGUCGCCGCCGCUGGAGGCCGGGUGGGACGCGGUCGUCAAGCCGCAGCUGGAGCAGCUGGCGGCCUCGGUUUUCAUCCGAGUCUCGGCACACGAGUUGAUGGUGGCAGUUCCAUCGGUCCCGACGUUUUCCGUUGGCGAGUUCAUCUCGGAGCCGAUCGAUAUCCAGCUGCACUCGUCGAUGGUGACGGUUGGCUCGCAUGUGUUGUGCUCGGGCCUCACCGUGGUGUAUAACGACCUGGUCAACAGCACUGGACCAGGUGCCCAAGACGAGUCGAUCGACCUGCCGCUACUCAACCGCCUGCCGUCGCGCAUGUAUGGCUUGGCCACGUGGCUAUUUCUAAUCCUAGUCUUUGUGGGCUGCUGCUGCUUCUGCAUCUGCUGCUCCAAGCUGCUCCGCAAGUGCUGCUGCUCCGGUGAGAAGAACGCGGUCGGGCCGGGCCCGAUGGGCACCCACGGCUUUGCGCCACCGACCAUCGUCCUUCCGGCCGAGGAGGUGGCGUCGCCGCGGCAGACGCAGAUGGGCACGGCGUCGGCCCCUGUCUCGCCGACCUCGCCGUCGGUGGUCUCGCCCAAGUCGCCCAACGCGCUUUACAUGCUCGGCGCCGUUCCGCACCACGCGGCCUCGUCGCGAGUCCUCCCGCUGCACACGUCGUUCAGCGAGGAGCUCGACUACUCGAUGCCGUCGGAUCCGUCCCCGCGCGACGCCUCGAUUCAUCUGGAGCAGCAGCGAGCGGGUGGCGGUGGCGAGCGCCCGCGCAUGCCACGCGCCACAACAUUCCUUGCGCCUGCCGAUGCUACCGCUCGCGCCGCCGAUCGCUCCGCCCGCCGCUCGCGGCUCAAACCGUCCAAGUCUCUGGCCACCCUCUCCCGAUCGCCGACGUACUCGGGCUACAAGGGCUCAGGUGGAUGGUGA